AUGCCAUUCGCCCCGAUUCAUCAGCACUUCGAGAAGGCCGUAAAAUUCGUUUAUCAACAUAGAGUGGAAAAAAGUGAGUGAAAGUAGAAACUACAGCAAUAUGGUAUCUGGAAAUGCAAUAUAAAUGUGCCUGGAAAAUAAUGAGCACUCUGUCGCAUCGAAAGUCGCAUCGCCGCCGAGAAAAUGAAUUUUGCCGUGGGCAAAAUCAAAUUUCUUUUCAUUUCAGCGAUGCGAUUGGCACAGCGACAUUAGGCUCAUUAUUUUCCCGAUAAGCUGAUGGGUCAUCCUUGAAUUUUUCGUACCUACUGUCGUAACCAAAUCCAUCGUAAUCUGAGCUCUUGAAGGGCCUUCGCAUCCACGAACGCUCAAAUUUUCCUUCUAUUUCGCAUAAAACAUAUGUAGAGGUCGCAUAAAACUUCCAUAAGAUUUUUGCUAACGCUUUACAAGAACAGCCAGGAUAUUCAACAAUCUUUCCGGUCAAAAGAGUGCAGAAAAAAAGAGGAAAGCAAUCAAGAAAAGAAGGUUUUUUAGUGGCAGUUGUAAGAAUUGCGCGAAAUGCUGCUCACUUCAGCGCAAACAUAAACCAAAAAAAAAACAUAAUUCAAGAAAAUUUGCCCUGAUCCCUCCUUUUACCAUAUCAUUUUCUCGCCAGGCCAAAAAAAAUAUUGAAAAAAAUCGCCUUGGUCCCCCCUUACCAUUUCAAUUUUUUUUUGAAAGGUUCCCUCUUCGUCCCAAAUCCAAUUUUCGAUCUAAAAGCCUUGAUUCUUCUUGCAAAAUACGAAAAAAAGUCUUCGGAAUGCUUGCAAAAUUGUCCGAAUUUGCGUUUCGAACCAUCAACUCCAUAGAUAUUGUUUGUAAAAUACGCUUCUCCUAAUUUUUUCCGGUUUUAGGAGGAAUUCUCAUCCAUUGUUUCAUGGGCGUCUCGCGGAGCGUGACAAUUAUGUUAGCGUACAUUGUCACUGUCUUGGACAUGGAGGUGCCCAAAGCAUUGCGAUUUGUGAAACAGCGCCGGUAUUGUGCUGAACCGAACUUCGGCUUCAAAGAGCAGCUGUGUGAUUACGUGAAAUCGGCAAGUUUUGCAUAUAAAAACUUGGUUAAGCUUUUGAAAAUUUAAUUUCAACUCUUUUCAGCAUCGAAACAACGUGCGGAACCAACUAAUCGAGAUGCAUGGAGAGAAAAAGUUCAAGGAAAUUGUUGACGCCGAGAAGAAAUUCGUCAAAAAACACUCGUAA